AGGUAAGUCCUCGCUUCAGCAGGCCACGUCAGGGACCCCCAGCGCAUGACCAUACUUACUCCCUCGCAGACAGCAGCGAUGGAUCAGAAGACAGGCGAGACUGACGAGGCCUACGAGGCACGGCUGGCGGCCAUCAUGGCCGAAACCAAGCAGCGAGCAGACGCAGCAGCAGCAGCACGGAAGAAGAAAGAAGCAGAGGCAGAGAGACUACGUCUUCUGGCUGAAGAACAGCGGCAGAAGCACGCGGCAGCAGCAGCCAAGGCCGCUGAUGAAGAACGCAUACGACGACGCAAGAUUAUAUUCAAGGAGGAAAAUGCAUUACACGCACAGGCCAAGGAUUGGCAGAGGGAGGCCGAGAACGCCGAUCCCGUUGACGUCGGGAGCAGAGUAUCUCAGCUGCUCAACCGUGUCACGGACCUCCUUGCGACUUGCAUCGCGCAGCAGGAGGACAUCUACUCCCUCGACCACGCUAACAAGGCGCUGCAACAGUCGUCGGACCAGAUGCUCAAGCGCAUUCAGCAGCUGGAGCAGCAGGUCGCUAACGCCAAUGCCAGUGCCGGCCCCUCCGACCUCGCCGACCGCGUCAACGUCCUGGAGAUAGAGGUGGGGACACUCAAGGCCGGGGCGCAACAGCACGUCUGCGCCGCAGCCAGCUCCAGCACGACGCCACGCGAGACCAUUGUCAAGUUUGACGGGCUACCGAUCUUCUGUGACGCAUCGAAGACGGAACCCAUACAAUGGUGGCGCCACUUCGACCUCAAGCUGGACCUCCACCACGUCGCCAACGAGAACCGGCACGCCUAUCUGUACUCUCGCUCGGGAGGCGCGUCCGACUCUCCACCUAUGGACUUGUCUUCAGACCCCGGGGUGGUGCGGUUGCUCGACGAAUUCGCCGACGUCUUCGAGUCACCUACCGGCGUGGUGCCGGAUCGGCCAAUCUCUCACGAGAUCAUUCUCGAGGACGGUGUCGUGCCGCCAAAAGGUUGCAUUUACCGCAUGAGCGAGGAGGAACUUACAGUACUCCGCGCGCAGCUCGACGACUUGUUGGACAAAGGUUGGAUCCAGCCUAGCAGAUCACCCUAUGGUGCGCCGGUUCUCUUCGUUCGAAAGAAGAACAAGGCCCUUCGCCUAUGCAUCGAUUACCGCAAGCUCAAUGCGCAAACCGUCAAGAACGCAGGACCUCUUUCUCGUAUCGACGACCUUCUGGAGCGCUUGGGCCGCGCGAAAUUCUUUUCUAAGCUGGAUUUGAAGUCACGAUAUCAUCAGAUCUCGGUUCGGCCACAAGAUCGCUACAAGACCGCGUUCAAGACACGACCUUGGAGGAACAUCUUGACCAUCUUCGAUGAGUGUUGGAGACACUCCGGCGCGCCAAGUUCAAAGCCAACCGCGACAAGUGCGAGUUCGUGCGUCAAGAGUUGGAAUACUUGGGGCCCCUUCGUCACUCCACAAGGCAUCAGUCCGUUGUCGGACAAGAUUCAAGUCGUCCAAGACUGGCCGGAGCCACGGAACGUCACGGAUGUCCGAUCAUUCCUUGGCCUCACCGGCUACUACCAACGUUUCAUCAAAGGCUACUCGAAGAUCGCGGCUCACUUAACCAAGCUUCAAUGCGAGGACCGGCCAUUUGACUUCGGGACGGACGCGCGGGAAUCAUUCUUGGCCCUCAAGGCCGCAUUACUGUCCGCGGAGGUAUUGCGGAUAUACGACCCGCUAUUGCCAACGCGCGUCACCACGGAUGCGUCCGGCUAUGGCAUUGGUGUCGUCCUCGAGCAACAUGACAGCGUGGACUGGCCCCCGGUCGAAUACUUCAGUAAGAAAGUGUCGGUCGUGCACUCCAUCGACAAUGCAGGCAAGAAGGAACUUCUGGCCUUCGUCCACGCACUCAAGCGGUGGCGGCACUUCCUCCUCGGUCGACGCCAGUUCCGAUGGGUAACGGAAAACAAUCCCUUGGUCUUUUACAAGUCUCAAGACACCGUCAACAGCACCAUCGCUCGUUGGAUGGCCUUCAUCGACCAAUUCGACUUCUUUCCCGAUCACAUUAUGGGCAAGUCGAACCGUUUUGCGGAUGCCCUUUCACGGCGUCCGGACCACAGCACCGAGGUCUACUCAACCUUCGAAAUCGAGGACGACUUGCGGGACAGCUUCAUCCGCGGCUAUCGAGCCGACCCCAAGUUUCGCGACAAGUACGAGAAUUGUUCCUCUCCCAAUCCGGCGCCUUCGCACUAUCGGAUCCAAGAGGGAUACUUGCUCCUUCACUCACGGGGGAAGGAUCUUCUUUGUGUGCCGCAAGAUUCAUAUUUGUGCACCCGGCUUCUUGGCGAGUUUCACGACGCCCCCGCCACCGGACACUUUGGAGUCAAUCGCACGAUUGGCCGACUACGCGAGCGCUUUUGGUGGCCCGGUCUCCUCGACGAUGUCACGCGCUAUUGCGAGUCAUGCGAAGUUUGCCGACGUUGCAAACCUCGCAAUCAUCGUCUGUAUGGCGAACUGCGACCAUAACCGGUCCCCUUGCGCCGAAGGGAAGCGAUUGCCAUGGAUAUCACCGGGCCGUUACCCAAGCACAAGA